UACUUCGCAUUUGCGUCAAAGUAUUCUGUAAAGGACAAUGGUGACUGUACAUAAAAUAAUUUCAUUAGCUAAAAGACUCGAGGAUCCAAAACACCCUUUAUUAGGUCCAAACUUGAAAGGGCUUUAUGUUUACGGCCUGUGGCAAAGUGGAAGCAAAUUUCGUAAUACAUGUUACAAUGUCGUACACUUUUGCGCUUUUCUGUUUGUAAUUAGUCAACUAAUGGAACUUUGGAUCAUUAGGCAUGAUUAUUUGGAAGCAUUACAUAACCUUUCAUUGACGGCAUUGGGAAUGGUAUGUAUUUUUAAAGCCGUGUCUUACGUUAUGUGGCAAUCCGACUGGAAAAAGUUGGUGGAAGGUAUUUCAGCCGAAGAAAUCUCGCAAUCGGAAAGCUUGAAUGAUGCGUGUAUAGAAUUGAAGCAAAGCUAUACAAACUACGUAAGAAUUGUGACAUAUUUGUAUUGGAAUGUUGUAGUUUCUACUAACAUAACUAUGGUUUCGGCGCCGUUUCUAAAAUAUGCUACAAGUUCAGAAUAUCGUGAACAGAUAAGUAAUAGGACGGAGCCAUUGCCGCAAAUUUUCAGCUCGUGGUUUCCAUUUGAUAAAACAACAAUGCCCGGCUAUUCUCUAGCAAUAUUCAUUCACAUACUAGUUAAUAUCCAUGGAGGGGGAGUCAUCGCGCUUUAUGAUUCAAACGCAGUGGCUGUUAUGGUAUUCAUCAGAGGCCAACUGGCAAUGCUAAGGGAAAAAUGCAAACACAUCUUUGAUGACUAUGAUUUGGUUAAUCAAGAAAUAAUAUUGGGCAGGAUUAAGCAAUGUCAUAGGCAUCACAAUUUUAUCUUGAGGCAGAGCUUGUUGUUUAACUCUUUGUUAUCGCCGGUGAUGUUCCUGUACGUCCUCGUUUGCUCCGGAAUGAUUUGCUGCAGCGUCAUCCAGUUUACUUCGGAAGAAGCGACAGCCGCGCAAAAAGUCUGGGUGCUUCAAUACACUACGGCUCUCGUGUCCCAGCUCUUCCUGUACUGCUGGCAUAGCAAUGAAGUGGUUGUUGAGUGUCAACGUAUGGAUGGAGGCGUGUACGAAAGCGAGUGGUGGAAGGGGGAUGCACGCAUACGCAAGCAGCUGGCGAUGCUCGGCGGGAAACUCACGCACAGUGUCGUUUUUAGCGCCGGACCCUUUACCACACUAUGUGUGCCUACCUUCAUUGAUAUAGUGGAACAUUCUAUCAUUUGUUUCUACGGAGGUGGGAUCGUUGCGAAUUACGAUGCUAACACGGUGGCAUUAAUGUCAUUUUUCUGUGGACAGCUUGAGCUUUUGGUAGCAAACAGUAAGAGAUUGUUCAGUGAAGACAGUAAACUUGUCAGUUAUUCAGAAGCGAUGGAAAGAAUAAAACAAUGUCACAUGCAUCAUAUAUCAUUGAUUAAAUACUCAAAAAUCUUAAAUUCUCUGCUAUCGCCUGUUAUGUUUUUAUACGUCAUUAUUUGUUCACUAAUGAUUUGCGCCAGUGCGAUUCUCUUGACAAAAGAGGGGACGACAACUAUGCAGCGCAUGUGGGUAGCAGAAUACCUGGCAGCACUCAUCGCGCAACUAUUUUUAUAUUGCUGGCAUAGCAACGAAGUGUAUUUUAUGAGCGAAAGCGUAGAUAGAGGUAUAUAUGAGAGCGAAUGGUGGCGAUGUGGCGUCGAAUUGCGUCGCUGCGUCGUGCUGCUGGGCGGGCAACUGCGGAAGACCAUCAUCUUUGAAGCUGGUCCUUUCACAAAUCUCACUGUUGCUACUUUUGUUGCGAUUCUCAAAGGAUCAUACAGCUACUACACAUUGUUAAGCAACAAUGAAGAUUAGAUUCAUAAAGCACCGUAGAUGAACAAAACAAAAUAAAAGAAAUAGAAUGAUAGACAGAAUACAUAGAAAAAAUAAUAAUAAAGGUAGAAAUAGA